UUUCUAAACCUGCAUACUCCAUAAUGUAAAAAGUCUCUCCUUAGUUUCUUAUAACUUGUAUAUCUUAACUAGUGCUUCUGCAUAUUUCUAUGAUGAUUUCUUCAUCAUUUAACAAAUAUUUUAAGAAUAGUAGUAGAAUAUGAAUAUGUUAGAGCAGCAAAAACUAGUCUGACAAAACAUAACAUGUUGCUAAUAGCAGCCUGGCACUCGACAGUAGAAGUUGAUUCGUGCUGUACUGCCCUUUCAGGUUGUUUUUCACGGGAGAGAGGGUUUUGAUUACCUCCACAUGACCGACAACGCACAACAAUGUUCUUGCCUUUGACAGAAAUAAACUAAAAAUAAUGAUUGUAUUUCCAGCUACAGAACGCAUACGUUUCUCUCUCCAUGCUGAGUUUGUUUUCGCUGGUAGUACCAAAGAUUGUCUUGUGAUAGGGAGAUGUAUGGGUCUGUAAUACUUACAAUUGGAGCAUAAAGUCUAACAUCGAUCACGAGAGGCACCUCAGCCAAUCAUAUUCGGUGUCUAGUCUCCUUGCCUGUGUUCCGUGCGGCGAUAGCAUUGGUCGUUAAAAGUUUUUAGCUUAAGGUGGCAGGCUUUCCAUGGAGUGGCUUUGGUAGUACUUUACGCGCAGGCGCGUUUCAGUUUGAUGACGUUGCGGGUGCGACAGGCAGGCAUCCAGACUUUGAAAAAGCUAUUUCGCGUUUUACAAUUUAAAUGAUAAAACAAUACUACGGCAACGAUGUAACGCAGCUGUAACGUACAGUUACCUGGGCUUGGAACUAUAAUCUAAUUACUAUUUUAGGAAUUAUAACACGUUAAAUUACUCCGUUACCAAAAAAGUAAUCAAACUAGUAACGCGUUACUGCCCAACACUGGUCCUGACCCAUGUUGACUAACGCCUAUGGAGUUAAGAGUGUCUUCCUAAGCCAUUCCUAAGGCAUCUGUAUCGUUAUCUACAUGGAUGUUAAAGUCACCAAUGACAAGGACUCUAUCUGCGGCCAGUACUAGUUCUGAUAAGAACCAACCAAAUUCUUUAAUAAAAUCUGUGUGAUGCCCUGGAGGCCUAUAUACAAUAGCUAGAAUAAAUUUAAAAAAUGUUUUAUCCUUAGUAUUAGGUGUUGAAACAUACCAUGAAACAUGAAAAGUACCAUGACUAUAUAGUAUAUUUCAUCAUUGAGGAUUUCUUUAAAAAAGACUAAAAAUCUCAUCUCGUUCUUGUGAACUCAGUCUCGUGUCUCGUCUCGUGGGAUAAGUGUAUCGUCACACCCAUAACAAUUACCCUUUGGCUAGUUUUUUCUUGUUUUACGCGUUUUAGUACAUUUCUAAUUUUGCAUGAAUUCUACAGUAUUUAUCUUUGGAAGAUUUUUAUAACUAGAAAUUAAGACAAAAUUGUAUUCAUUUUAAAGACAGUAUUUAACAGUUUAAACCCCUUUAGGCCUUUGGUUUGACUUGGAGAUCUUCUACAAUGGUUCGUUUCUUAUGAGCCUUGAAACAAAGAUGAACCUGACUAGGCUUGGAAAGGAAGGAGAAGGUUUUGGAGAACAGGGAAAAGAAGGACCACGCACUGACUUCCUGGCCGAUAGUGAUGAGGAAUCAUCCAGUGCUGGAUCAUCUGAUGAAGAAGACGCUGCAGAAGUGCCUGAAAUUCCAGGAGUGGAGGGUUAUGUUUGGGGACACCGACCCAGCAAAAUCAUGCGCUUUGUGGACAAGAUCGCAAAGUCCAAGUAUUUUCAGAAAGCCACAGAGACUGAGUUUAUCAAAAAGAAGAUGGAGGAGGUGUCCAACACACCACUGCUCCUCACUGUGGAGGUGCAGGAGUGCCGAGGGACUCUCGCUGUCAAUAUUCCACCUCCUCCAACAGACAGGAUAUGGUAUGGCUUUAGAAGACCUCCUCACCUGGAACUAAAAGCUCGACCUAAACUGGGAGAGAGAGAAGUCACUUUCGCUCAUGUGACAGACUGGAUAGAGAAAAAACUAGAUCAGGAGUUUCAGAAAAUCUUUGUAAUGCCAAACAUGGAUGACAUCUGGCUGCCUAACAUGCACUCUGCCAUGGACACACGAUCCAGUGCCAAGGACAAGGAAUCCUUGGAACCUGAGGAAUCCCUUGAAGACAUGUGAAGACGUUUCUAUAAAUCAAAACAUAAAUAAUGAAGUCCCAAAAGAACAAGACCAUACCUGAGCUUACAAUUACAUAUCGCUCCGUGAGCAGAGCUGUGAAAAAUCUGAACCCAUAACAAAAAGAAAGGAAAUGUUUUCUGCUUGCUUCUGAUUUGUGUAGGACAUAGGUGACAACAGAAUAGAAUGUCCACAUGCAUUUUCACAUGGAUCCAUUGAUCAAAAUGAACCCAUUGAUCAGAUUCAAAAAGGACAAAGAGGUUUUGGUCAAGUAUGAAAUUAUCCUACAAAUCGCAAGCGUUCAGGAGAUGUAAGAUACAGUAGAACAAUAAAGAGGCAGCACAGGACCUGGAAGGCCUAAUAUGUCAGUGUGAAGCAAUGUGCCUGGGAGUAAAAUCUUCUAAGCAUAAUAGCCUGGUCCACAGACAUGAUUUACAAACCCAGUGGACUUUUGGUAUGACAGAGUGCUUUCAGGGUACUGUAUCGGAUGAAGUGUAUCCUUGUGAUGUACAGUUAGCUACAACCACAGCUUAUGCGACAGAAACCACAAGCCAAAAGGGUGCAUUUCUGAGAUUUGCACCUGUUUACAAUUUCAUGAUAAUGAUUGUCAUGCUUAGAGACACUAGGCCUACUUGUACCAUCAAUAUCCUUCCAUUCCACACUGCCUGAGCCCUCUGUGUGGCCUUUGAUUAUGCAAUGAGAUCAAUUUCACUGUGUUUAAGAGGGACACCAGCCAAUAACCCCUCACCCUGAGCGAUCCCCACACAAGCAGCCUACUCAAGAUGAUAGGGUUCAAAGAGCUUUUAAUAUAAGACAUCUCUAGUAGUUAAUCACUGUCCCUCUGCAAUGGGCUGGAUCAAAAGAGGUGACUCAUAACCUGAAAUACUGAAUGCUGAAAGGGCCCAGGCUACAUUAAAUACGGGCUCACUAGGAACAAAGGUUUGUGCUUUGAGCUAUAAAUUACAGGCUGUGAGAACAUGAGACAUUUGAAAUUCGAGAUAUUCACCCCUUCAUUUUUUCUUCAUGUUGCUGCCUUACGUUAAUAUAAUUCAGGUAACUUUUUUUCACACCAAUCUACGCUACAUACACUAUAAUGAUUAAGCAAAAAAAAUAUUUUUUGACAACUUUUAAUUUUUUUUAAAGAAAUAAAUAAAAUAAGUACAUUGCAAAAGUAUUACCCUUAUUCAUACCCUUAACUCAGUUCUUGGUUAAAAUACCUUUACAGCAUGAAGUCUUUUUGGGUAUGAUGUGACAAGCUUUACACAUCUGCAUUUGGCAAUUUUCUGCCAUUCUGAGGAGUCAGAUCAUCUUAAACUCAUCUUAAAGCCAGAUUGGUUGGGGACCAUCAGUAAACAGACAUUUUCAGGUUUCUACAGAGAUGUUCAGUUGGGUUCAAGCUCAAGAACUGGCUGGAACCCUCAAGCAAAACAGUAGACAGACUUAAACCACUUUUGCAUUGUUUUAGCUGUGUGCUUAAGAUCAUUGUCCUGUUGAAGAAGGAACCUUCUGCCCAGUCAUUGUCCUGUUGAAGAAGAAAACUUCUGCCCAGUCAGAGGUUCUGAAUGCUCUGGACUAGGUUUUUCACGAGUUCGCCUAUGCAGAUAAUAAUGCAGGUUAAAAGGUAUACAUAUUUGGCGUGCUGUCCGGCAGUUUCUUCCGAACUUGGAGUACUCUCCCUCAGUCCGGGGAGAGGGCUCCGGGCCCGGUAUUAGCCCGAAGCCAGAGCGCUCCCCCCAUUGUCCUGCGGGAGAAUACAGGUAAGACAGCUUUCCUGUGGCUCAGUGGUUAGAGCAUGGCACUAGCAACGCCAAGGUCAUGGGUUCGAUCCCAGGGAUUGCAGAUACUCAGAAACAAAUGUGUAAUAUAAUGUAAUGUAAGUCGCUAGAGUCUGCCAAAUGCAUAAAUGUAAUGUAUGUAAAUGUCUAUUUGCAGUGGUUCUCUCUUGAGCUGAGAUUGCUGAUAGCGAACAGCCGGCUGGAUUAUCUGCUCGUGCUCAUCCUGAACUUUGUUGAUUACAUAUCAUUCAUUAAGGGAAUCUCUGCAUUUCAUGCCGUUGAGCCUUUCUUCUAUCCUGAGAAGUUCCCCUGUCCCUGCUGCUGAUAAACACAUACAAAGCAUGAUGCUUUUAAAACCACACUUUAUUGUGUGGGAUAGUAUUGUGCAGGCGAUGAGCAGCGCUUGUUUUCCUGAAGGCAUGAUGCUUGAAACUAAGAUUCAUCAGACCAAAGAAUAUUGUUUCUGACAUUUUUAAAGAUUCUUUUAAGUGUUUUUUGUUUUUGAAAAUUUCAAAUUUUCAUGUGUCUCACUGAGGAGAGGCUUGAGUUUGGCCACUCUGUCAUAAAGCUCUUUUUGCUCUAUGUUUCUGAUAUGAUUCCUUGCCACCAUUUUACUCACUCGGAGACUGCUGCUUUUGCUUAAUCCAUAGAUAUAAACGAUUUACGUUUAACAAUUUAGAUGUGCAUUAACACCUUAGCUUUAACAAAUACAUUCUUUCUCCACGUUUUGGUAUUAUGCCAAAUUGUUCUGGUAUAUUGUAAUUUUAGGUUUCCAGCCCCGAUAACAAUAUUUAAAAUAAUAUACUUCAAUUAAAUAAUUGAGAGUUUCUGACAAUACAACACUUAAAUACAACAUUUAUUUCAGUUAAGUUUCAUCAGUGUAUAUUGCAUAAAGGAAAAACUUGCAUUAAUACGAUGUAUCUUAAAACCAUAUACUGGGUCUCAUUCACCAAUAAUUGCGUAGAUUUUUCGUAUUUAUAUGCACAUUUGAACUUCUCGCGAAAACUUUCCGCCUAAUUCACAACACGUGCGUACGCACAUGAAUUUGUUCUUCGUCCUAGGGAAUUUGUAUUCUAAAUGAGCGGCCAUGUGCACGAGUAUAGUCAUUUGCAUAAGACACACCCAGUCCAUCUCCAUAUUAGAGCUUUCCACCUAACCUUUUCUCUAUCACCUGUCAUCACUUACGUCAAAGGCUGCGUCCGAAAGCUUAAGUAGCUGACUUGUUGCCUCACUGCCUCAUGAGGCAAUGACUUCGGGGACAGCGAUGGGCAUGAAGGCAGCUCCGAGAAAGACAUUCGGACAGCCUUCAGAGGCAGCAUAACAGAAUUAUGUUUGAAGUAUAAACAGAGGGCGCCUUUGUGAUAACUAAUCGAAUAUGUUAAAACUACAAUACUAAUAUCUCGCUAUAAAGAAUAGAAAAAUAACUUUAUUUACACAAAAACUGUGCUCCAGCCGCUUUUUUGGCCGCAAUUUUAUUUUUUCGAACUUGACCCUGCUCAACCAAUCACAUUGCCCGCACGAGCACACGCAUAGAAUUGUGGGACAGUGAAGGCAGCGAAGGAUACAUUCAUGCUGCCUUCAAAAACCGUCCUGAUGGAGGUAUCUCAAGAGACAGGAAGUAAAGAAAACAUUGUAUUCGGAAGUGCCGUGAUGCCUUCCUUCCUUGAAAUGCUGCCUCCGAAGGCAGCAUUUUUGAGCUUUCGGAUGCAAGCAAAGAGACUGGUGAUUUUUGCGUACGUGUGCUUUCAGCAGUUCCUAACUUUUUCUUAUAUUUAGAAUAUAUUUUAGAAUUUUAGUAUACAAACGUUUUAGUGAAUCAUGAUUUGUUCGUAAAAAUGUACGUACGCAGGUUUACCGCACAAAUUUGUGCGUACGCUUUUUUCCCUCAAGUAUUAUUAUUAUCAUUAAAUGUUUAAAUUAUAUUGUAUGUAAAGCUGCUUUGCAAAAUUGAAAAUUGUGAAGCGCUAUAUAAAUAACUGAAUUGAAUAUGCAUUUUCAGCUAUUAGACCUUUUAUUAAGAUGUGUGUCCCUUUCCAAAUCAUACUCCAUAAUACUUAUAUAAAUGUAUAACUUAUAUGUAUAUAAAUACAUACUUCCAUAAAUCCCCUGGGCCAGACAAUAUUGGAGGACGUUUAAUUAAGAUUUGCGCUGAGCAAUUGGCCCCAGUGUUUUGUAAUAGUCCCUAAAUUGUGGAAACAGGCUACUGUGGUGCCUGUGCCAAAAACUGUAAAUGUUGCAACAAUAAAUGAUUUUAGGCCAAUAACAUUAACAUCUCUUAUAAUGAAAUGCUUUGAAAAAAUAGUUAAAGAAGUGUUAUUGGCUAAAACCAAAAAUGUAUUGGAUCUACAGUUCACUUAGAGAACGAAGCGAGGUGGCGAGGAUGCAACAGCAACUUUAUUAAAUUUGGUGUUAAAGGGAUAUUUCACUACCAAAUCAAAAUUUCCCCAUGUUUUACUCACCCUCAAGGUAUCCUAACUGAAUAUAAUUUUGCUUCCAAGCGGUAGAAUAGGAGUGAGUGGGUGUUGAUUUUUUGAUGGAAAAUGACGGUGACGAAAUCUCCCGCCAGAUUAGAUGCAUCCUAUUGGCGGAAAACGAAAAAUGCAGCGUUCGCCACCGGAACUUCUGGAACCAGAAGUCAUCUGCCGGAAGAACAAGCCUCUGGUUCACGCGCAUUUAGAGAUGACGGAAGCUAGACAUCAACGUUAAUAGCGCAUGGAUAUUUCUCUUAAACAAACGCAUCGAUUCGCUUCAGAAGACCUUUGUUAAGACCACGGAGUCAUGUCAAAGCAGUUCUUUGAUCGAUGGGUGCACUUUUUGGAGCUUCAAGAAAUGAACACCCCUUCACUCCCGUUCUUCCGCUUGGAAGCAAAAUGAUACUGUACGUGGUGUAACUCUGCCUGAAUAUUUAUUCCAGAAGAAAACCAUAUUCAGUUAGCAUGCCUUGAGGGUGAGUAAAACAUGGGGAAAUUUUGAUUUGGUAUUGAAAAAUAUCCCUUUAAAGUAUCUGGAAGGGAGCAAAACACAUGUUAAUCUUUUGUUUGCAGAUUUUUCAUCUGCUUUUAAUUAUUUACAACCUUAUAUUCUAGCAGAUAAAUUAAUUUCUAAUUUUGGUCUUGAUUUUAACUUAGUAGGCUUGGUUUUAGACUUCUUAACCGAAAGAACUCAAAGAGUGAGAGUCAAUGGUAGUUUCUCACCCCCAUUGACAACAUCCACAGGAACUCCUCAAGGUUGUGUUUUGUCUCCUUUAUUAUAUAUCUUAUAUACAAAUGACUGUGUAAGAAAUUAUAAAAGUAGGUAUUUUUUAAAGUUUGCUGAAGAUCAUUUAAUAUAGGACAUUGAUGGAAUUGUUCCAUAAGUCGUAUAUUGAGCCGGUAGUGUCCUUUUCUAUUAGCUGUUGGUUUGGUGAUCUCAGUGUGAAACAUAAAAAUGAUUGACAUAGAAUAGUUACUUUUAGUGGGUAAAUUAUAGGCAAAGAACAAAGAAGUCUGUCAUUCUUGUUUAACAGAAAUGUUUUGAGUAGGGCACAGUUCUUUAUUCUGGACAGUGAACAUUUUCUGUAUUCAGAGUUCUUUAUGCUCCCUUCAGGCUCAUGUUAUAGACUGCCAAAGAUGAGAAGUAAUCGAUUACAAAUAGUCAAUCCGGUUGCUAAAUGGUGGACAUUUUUUGAGUAAUUUAUUAUUUUAUCCAUAUAUGUUUUGUAUUGUGUGUUAUGGGAAUGCAUUGUGAGAGUCUGUUGUAAUUUUUCUGCUUUCCGUUGCAUCCAAAUUGCCCGCAAGGGAUCUUAAUAAAGCUUGAACUUGAAUACUCAGUCAGUUGAAUUUGCCACAGGUUAACGCCACUAAAACAUCAACAAGCAGAAUGCUUCUGAGCAAAGGGGCCCGGGGGUGAUACUUAUGCAAUGUAAUUAUUUCAGUUGUCACAAUUUUGUUUUUUUGCUUUGUCCUUAGGUUGUAUGGAGUGUAUAUUAAUGUAAAAACAUAUAAUUUAUAGUAGUUUAACAAAAGGCAUAAACAACAAAAUAUGGAAAAAUGAAGUGGGUGAAUACUUUUUAUAGGCACUGUAACUUCCCAUUCAACCUGAAUUUUGGUUGUGUUAGGUUACUACUUGACUGUCCAAAUGUAAAACCUGCCGGGAACCACUGCUCUGGAUGUUAUAUUGUUCUUGAGAUUAGGGCUGUCACAAUUAUUAAAUAAUCAUCUCAUCACAAUUAAUUGACGCCAUCACAAUUAUUUCAGAUAACCGCAAUUAUUGUGAAUCCUUUGAAAACAAGGGUGGUCUGCAGUAUCUGCUGCAUUUUACAUCCACCGUCUUUGAUCUGCACUCACUGACAUUUCUCCAUCAUUUGAGUUGUAUUUUUUUUUGUUGUUGUUGAUUUGUUUUGUUUCCAGACUUGCUGCAUCUACACAGCAAGACCCUCGUAUCUAGAUUUAGUGCUCAAGACUCAAGUCUUCUCUGUUAAGGUCACUCUACAGUAAAUACUAUUAAUUAUUUAAAAAAAACAUUUCUUAGGUUUAUAUUUCCUUCUUUGAAUAAAUUAAUUGUCAUUAAUAGUUAUAUUGUCAAAGCUUUAAAACAGAAAUUAACUGCCAAAUUUCAUUAUCGUGACAGCCCUACUUCAGAUCAAGUGCUUAUCUAUUCUUUUUCCAAAUACAGUGAACUCAUAUGUUGUGAACAUGUGAUGCUUGAUGAAUGUACAAAUCAUUGCUUGUCAGCUUUUUCCAUUUAUUCUUUUAUCAAGUGUUAACAUCUGUAUUAAACUGUCAGGUUAGAUUUUACUUACUACA